UCCUGUUUGAUGAUAUGCAUUAGUUAUGAAUGACUCAAACAACUCGACUCACUAAAGGCAAAUGACCGACCGAUCAUCAUUUCUGGUUAGAGUUCAAGACCAUUAUCAAUGUCUGGCUGGGUCAAAUGUCAUGUUUGACUUUAUUUUUAUGCAUAAAUCGCUGCAUUAUGGAAUGUCUCCCAUAAUAACAACUUAUUAAUUUAAUACUCCAUAUAAGGAAAAGAACCAACCUCACAUUUUCCUAAUUUUAUGUCAAAAUAUUUCAAAAUGUUGACAAAAUCUGUACUUUACAUUUUCAUUUUAACAAAUUAUAUCCCCUGGAGUAGUGCAACCACACUCAAAAAGUUGUACGAGCAGCAAUGCUCGGUCACCGAAGAUUGCGACCAAAGUCAAGGUCUGACCUGUCAAAAUAAAGCGUGUCGAUGUGAACCUGGGGGUGCGACGGUGUACUCUCUGAGCAAUAAUCGCUGCGUUGGGAGUGCCGGGAGGGAAUGUGUCCAACAAAAUAACGCCACAUUUUGUGUCGUUAAUUCACUAUGUCAUGAUUACGGUUACAUGCACCUGUGCACCUGCAAGGAUGGAUAUUAUCAAUCCAAGGAUGGAAAUUGCUACACAGUCGCGAAAUAUGGGGAAACAUGUCUCGAGGAAGAUUUUUCUUGUGGUGACACGUUAUCAAGUUCGAUCAGUUGCAUUGAAAAGAAGUGUGGCUGUGUACUUGGCGAGGAAAACCAAUCCUUCGAUCCUAAGGAGAACAAGUGCACUUCGUUUGCUGGGGGCCAAUGCAUACCUCAUUAUUAUCAGCCAUGUUCUGGUAAUUCGUAUUGUGGAGAAUUUAAUGAGAACAUUGGAGCCGUGUCAUUCAUGGCAGGGUACAGAUGCCUUUGCUCUCCAGGACAUUCGCGCAACGUCCGCAGCAAACAAUGCCUUGCUCGGUAUGGGACUCAGUGCGGAGCUAAUAGCCCAUGUAAUUUCGACGAGUACUUAGGAUGUCUUAAUGGGAAAUGCCAGUGUCGCAAUCCUUUGAACGAGAUUUUUAAUGAGCUUCUACAACAAUGCACCAUCCUCGUGGGAUCAACCUGCAAGUUGGAAGAUUCAAAGAAAUGUGUGGAUCAUGCGAUAUGUACGGCUGAGAAGAAUUCAACCUCGAAGCAUGGAAGGUGUCAAUGUGGUCCUGGAUAUAGCACGACCCCCUCGAACACUUGUCUUUUAGACAUCAAUCAAAAAUGCGAACCUGGCCAGUGUAACUUUUACAAUGGACUUGCCUGCGUAAAUGACACUUGCAAUUGCAUCGACUCCUACCUGAGUUAUGAUAAAGUGUCCAAAAGUUGCGUGAGUCUGGUUGGUCAUCCAUGCGGAUCCAUCACGCUUCUUAAUGAAGACAAGGAUAAAGAAAUUGUCAUUCUUUGUGAGGCAAACGCAACCUGCGCCAAGGGAGCUACUCAGUAUAAUGGGGCUUCAAAAAGAGUUUGUAAGGCAUCCACGGGAGCCAAGACUAACUAAAAUUAGGUACUUGGUAAAAAAAAUACCUAUUUAUCGUUACAUACAGAUUAAUCAAGUUAGUGCUUAGGAUAUUUUGGAAUUUCUUGAAUGUUGUUGGGUUUUUUUAAGUUUUCAUAAUACACAAAGAUAAAUAAUAAAUUACCAAAUGAUACAUACAACCGAUGGAA